CAGUGACGUUAAAAAUUGAGUUUCGAACAUCCAAAUUAAGUUCAGAGCAGGAACUUACAAGUCUAAAGUUUCAGUAUCAAUACGCAGACUGAUAUUGAUCCACUGGUACGCUGUAAAACAGAAGCUGAAACAUGGAGUUGUAUUUGGAAUAAACUUUGGAAACUUUGCUUGGUGUUUAUAGAGAUGUCACCGAGAACAUGUGUAACAUCUUCCGCGCAGGAUUUGUGCCGUGGAUCAUACUCUCCGUGACUCUCGCCUCAGGCUCCGAUGACAACAUAAACAUCACAGCUGAGUCUGGACAGAACAUCACUUUGCCAUGUCGAGCUCACAACAAUCAGAAGCCCAUCAUAGUUGUAGAGUGGAUCAGAUCUGAUUUGGGGGCAGGUUAUGCCUUGUUGUUCCAGGAUGGGCACUUUGUUCCAGAUUAUCAGCAUCCGUCUUUUAAGAAUCGGGUGGAUCUUCAGGACAAGCAGAUGAAGGAUGGAGACAUGUCUCUGAUUCUGAACAACGUGACGCCUGCUGAUAGUGGAACAUAUGAAUGCCAUGUCGUCAUGCGAGGAGCAAACCAGAGGGAGAGAGUAACAGAGCACACCUGUACCAUCGAGCUAAAGAUUCUUCCUCUUGUCCAGAUAAACACGACAGCUGGACAGACAGUCAUUCUGCCAUGUCAAGUUUCAAACCUUGACAGCAAUCCCAGUGUUGUUAUAGUGUGGAGCAGAACCGAUCUGGGGACAGAACAUGUCUUCUUUUACCAGGACCAGAAGUUUAUUCCAGAUGACCAGCAUCCAUCUUUUAAGAACCGAGUGGAUCUGCAGGACAGAAAGAUGGAGGAUGGAGACGUGUCUUUGAUUCUGAACAAUGUGACAAUUAAUGACACUGGAACAUACGAGUGUUGUGUCUUCAUGAAGGGAGCAAAACACAGAAGGAGAGCAAAACUGGAUAGUGACCUCAUCAGUGUUGUCAACCUGAGAGUUGUUCCUCCAGGUCAGCCAGGAGGAGACACAGAGGGUGGAGUCAUUGGAUAUAAAGUGAUAUAUUUUGUUUUGUUUCCUGUACCAGUUCUUGUGGCUGUUAUUUUGAUCUGUAAAAAAAAGAACAAAAAUAAUCCCCCACUUCCUACUCCUCCGACUGAUGAAGUAGCAAAUGAAGUUUACUGAACAAUCUCUGUGUUGAUAUUAGGGCUGCCACGAUUAGUCAACUAGUCACGAUUACGUCGACUAUCAAAAUUGUCGACGGCUAAUUUAAUAGUCGACGCGUCAUUUGAAGCAAAAUAAAAUAAACGUUUAACAUAUUUUCAGGCGAGACUGUAGCUGUGUAAACCUCAAAUAUCUGCUCAGUUUAUCAAGACACCACAUAUUUUCAAAAGCGCUGCGACGUCUUCUGUUACCCACCAGCUCGAUAGCUAAGUGGGGUUCAAGGCUCACCAGAGCCGGUGAGAGCACCGGACUCCCGACAAAUCGUUUUCAAACCUACCGCGGUCUUUCGCUAUUUAGGUUAAACACGAAGAAUAAAUCAUUUAGAUAACUUAAAAAUGUUAUUGUUUGUUUCUUUUACUAUUUUAUUUGUUUCUGAGUAAAUCGGUUUGGCUGAGAUUAAAGUUAAGGUUAGAGUUUACACAGUUUAAAGUUAAAUUUAUUAAAGUUUACACAGCUGUCAAGCAGACAACUGAUUAUCAGAAGUGUGAGGUGCUCGAGAGUAUACUCCGGUGUCCUGUUAUAUUUUAGAUAGCAAGGAGCAGACGGCGCCCUAUGACAGCUGGGAUAGGCUCCAGCGCCCCCCACGACCCUGAAAAGGAUAAGUGGAAGCGGAUGGAUGGAUGGAUGGAAGGAGCAGACGGUUGAGUUUUUUAAACUUCACCUAAACAGUCUGCAAAUUUCAUUAAAAUUUAAUAAACUAUCAUCUUGUCUUUAUUUUUAGUUAGCACAUACCUUAAACACUUAAAGCUGUAAGCUAAUGAUACUUAUAUAAGAGCAGAUGCGUGCUGGUGAAAUAAGCUGUUCGUUGUACGUUCAAUGGAUGCAUGAUCUGAUUAGUCGACUAAUCACAAAAAUAAUCGGUGACUAGUCGACUAUCAAAAUAAUCGUUUGUGGCAGCCCUAGUUGAUAUUAAAUUAUACUUAAUCUUUACUAUAUUAUUAGACCUUUAUUUAUCCAUAUAGAAAUCUCAUUAAGAUUCAAAUCAUAUUUCCUAGAGAGACCUAGCAACAUGACAACAAAAGUAAAAACACAUACAGCAUAUAACAACAUAACAAUAUCUAUAUCAAAUUGAUAUUACUAGAAUUUUUAAAUAGUGUUAUAUAAAAUCAAAAGUAUCUCUAAAACAUCAAACAUCGAUCAAACUCUGAUUUGAUGUACAAGGAUCUUUGAUAUAUCAAAUCUUGUGAUUUGAUAUCAAUAGGGCAGCACAGUGGCACGGUGGUUAGCACUGUUGCCGCACAGCAAGGUCCUGAGUUCACUUCCACCAUCAGGCCGGGGUCUUUCUGUGUGGAGUUUGCAUGUUCUCCCCGUGUUCCCUCCGGGUACUCCG